ACAAAAAGUCGAAGAUCAAGAGAUAAAAUGGAACAGAGCUCUAUGGAUUUUGACCAUGCAACUUUAAAAGUUUACCAAGGAGACAUAUGCGCACUAGAUGUCAGCGCUAUAGUGAAUUGUACAAAUGGAAAGUUCGUCUCAAAAUCAGGUAGCGUCAGCAAUGUAAUUAUCAGUUAUGGUGGAGAUUCGCUGUCACGGGAAUUAAAAACGCAAGCUAAAAACAUGAAGAAAGACAAAAUUGCGAUGACAACAGCAGGGCGUAAUUUUGCAAGUGAGUUUAUAAUUCAUUUGGAUGUAGAGGACUCGUCAUCGGAUUUGAAAUCAAAAAUAAAAUUGGUAAUUGAAAAACUUGAGGAGUUUGAUCAACACAGCGUUGCAUUUCCAGCAAAUGAACUUGGAGAGAUCCAGAAGGUCUCAGCAGCAUUUGUUGACGUUCUUCAAGACUUCAGUGGGAAAACCGAUAUUGAUGUUCACAUUGUCUUAAACGAUGGAAAUAUGACACAAACAUUUGUUACUUGCCUGGAAAGCAGCAUGUCGGGUGAUCAAAACCCAUCCUUAUUAUCAAAAUUUGCAGGAUGGAUAGGAAUUGGAGGGAAAACUCCAGUAAGGCAAAAACGCAAUAUCCAGAUAAGUAACGUGAGCUUGAAAGCUAUAGUCUAUAUCAAGGUGUUUGCUAAAACUGAACAAAGUGCUAAAAGCGCUAUUACAGCUUUAGAAAAUAGUCUAGAAAGCGCAUUCCAGGAGAAAACUGUCGAUGAUGAAUUGAUAAAAGAUUUAUCAAGAACACAGAUAGAAGAUUUACAGCAAAUACUAGGUGGUUCCGGUGUUGAAAUAUCACUGAAAAAGAACCUUGGUAGAAUAAAGAUAACAGGUUUGCCUGAAAAUAUUACACAUGCUCUGCAAGAAAUCUACACUUUCCUGAGAAGAACAGAAGAAAUGCGUCAUGCUGAGGAACAUGCUAAAUUUGUAUCAGAAAUGGUACAAUGGUGUUAUAUGGAAGUAGACAUUGAUGGGGAAAAAUUAAUUGAUUACCCAAGUCAGAUAAAUUUACUGCUGGAACAAGCAGUUAGGAAUAACAAAGCAACAGCUGAAUUUCACGAUGACAAGGGAAACAAGUAUAUCGUUGAUUUUAACAGCUAUGAGGAAUAUUUGGAGAGCAAACCUUCAGAGGCUGUGAAGGUCAUUCGAAGAAACAAACUAUCAGACGCAUCCGGCUUGGCAUUAGAAAUGCCCUCAAACUGGAGUCCAAUGGACGAUAAGGAAAACAUAAAACUAGUACUUCUUCAACAAACUGACCAGGAAUAUCUCGAAGUUCAUCAAGAAUUUACAAAAACUACUGGAUCUGCACAUAAGAUUGUAAAGAUUUCAAGAAUUCAGAAUCGUACGUUAUAUCAACAAUACAAAGCAAAGAAAAUGUCAAUGGAAUCAUUAAAUCCCCAAGGUCAUCAAAACGAAAGAACGCUUUGGCACGGUACUGCAUAUGAUGCUUUGGACAGUAUCAAUACAUAUGGGUUUAAUAGGAGUUAUUGUGGCAAAAAUGCUACGGUAUAUGGAAAUGGUGUAUACUUUGCAAGAGACGCAGCAUAUUCCGCUAGAGGUACAUAUUCGCCAAAGGACCAUAACAACCAAAGGCAUAUGUACAUGUGUAAAGUCUUAACUGGCGAAUACACCCAAGGGAAACAAGGACUGAUCGUACCACCGCCAAAAGGAACAAGUCACAUUUUGCAUGACUGUGUAGUUGAUAAUCCUGCAGAUCCGGCAAUAUUUGUCAUUUUCCACGAUACACAAGCAUAUCCUGAAUAUUUAGUUCUAUUCGAAGGAUAACUUUUAGGUCACAUUUUAAGAAGUAAUAUACCAUCAAUUAUGUUUUAAUCAAACAUACAUAACUACUUGUACUCUGUAAAUAUAUUUUUAAAGGACGACACAAGUAGUAUAAUUCCUAUUAAAAUUGGGCCAAGUUAACGGUAUCUACCUUUUCUGUUUUGUUGUUUCUAGUACAGUUAGAGAAAUAUUGCAUUUUACAAAUGUGUGUUUUUUUGGUUUUUUUUUACUUUUUUAUUUUUUCAUUACUUUGUUUUUGUAUGGAAAUUACAGAAUUGAAUAUACAAAAAACCAGGUUGCUUGUAAAUUAUUUCACAUAAUUCUAGUGUUGAUCUGCAUAGAUUUAUAGGUGAAUUCUGUUUGGAGAUAUUUUCCUUUAAGUUAGACAUAUACUAGUUAGUACCAUCAACAAAUAUUUUGAAGAACGUUUUACAUGUUAAUUCCAAAGUAAAAAAAAAAAUACUUUAAAAUCAUAUUCAACUUUAAUUUGGAAAAGAAUGUGUCGUUUACCGAAAAACAUCUCUAAUAUUUGUUUGUUGUAAGGACUUUCAUCAAGAUAGGAUAAUUAGUGUAAUUAGGAAUUUAAAAAAAGGGCUGAAAGGGCAUACGAAGAAACUGUUUUAUAAAAAAUAUGAAAAUUUUGAAAAUUGUCAUUUUAUCACUUAAAAAUAUUUAAUCGUUCAAAGUUUUUAUAAAUCAUAUUAACUUUUAAAGGGAGUUUUUGUCUUGUUAAAGUUAAAGCAAUUUUUAUUAUCCGUGCAUGGUGGUUAAGUUAUAUAGAAAUUUAGAAUAGUUUUCAUACAUUUUGACCAUGAUAUGAAUAAUAAAUUAUAAUUUUCCUUAAAAUUAGUUAGGCAAACAAUGUUAAUGUAAAACUCUUUGCACACUAUUUUUUUUUAUAAUCCAAUAACUCAAUCUGGUAGAACAAAGUUUUCCAAUCAUUAUUUUGUAUUAUUAUUUAACCGUAAUACUAGAAAAUAUUUGACGUCACAGACGAAAAGUGAUUGUUUUUCGCAAAUAUCAUUCGGUUAAUCGGCGGAAAAAUGAUUCAGUCGGAAUAAAAACGAAACUGGAGUAUGCUAAAUGCCGAUAUUUGAACAGCCCGAUAUCCGUAUUUUUCGGUAUAUCAUUUUUAUUGCAAUGCAUUACGAUAGGCAUCGAUAUAGAAAUGGAAUUAUUUUAUCUGUAUAUUACUGAGUAAUUCAUUGUAUGCGUGAUUUACAUUGUCUGUAAAUUGUUCAAAGCAUAAUUCGAUUUACGCUACGAACAGUAAUGACAUAAACGGAAUUAUUUUGAAGGCGGAUUAACCAAACUGUUAAAAUGCCUGUACCAUGUCAGGAAUAUGACAGUUGUUUUCCAUUCGUUCAAUGUGUUUGAGCCUUUGAUAGGGACUUUCCGUUUUGAAUUUUCCUUAGAGUUCGGUAAUUUUUUAAUUUUUUUUAUUGUACUUGUAUUUCGAAGCAUAAAAGGUAAAAUUAAAUGUAAUCCCUCAUUUUAAGGAUUUUUCCUUUAUAAAUACAAAGAUAUAGAAAAUCUAUCAAAAACUUUUGUCAAAAUUUUGUAUUUUAGGUGACGGCAAUGAUUAAUCUUGAGAUUUUCGAUUAUGGUGUUUCAAGUUACAAUCUUGUUUUCCCUCUUCAAAUACACAUUCGUUCCAAAUGGAAUUAUUUUAGCUUAAAUAAAGCUCUUAUGUAGUGUGUCCUUCGUUUCAAAAUCUAGCCACGAAUAAACAUACAUAUAGAACUGUUUCAAUUUAUUAGUAAUAUAUGACUUUCAGAAAAGUAUUAAAGCAGGUUAUCAUUUCAAAUCCGAAAUACAAGUUGUUUCUUUCAUCAUUCUAGUUUAUUUGAUACUGUUAUUAUCAUUAUAUAUUCAAGUGAUUUUAUUCUGUAUUUUCGCUAGGACGUUUUAUGUUGAUUUUUGAAUGUCGUAUUUACUUGUUGAGGGUUUAAAGUAUUAUCGUAUUUGAAGAAAUGUGGUUAUUUGAGGGUAGAGGGUUCUGAAAAUACUGUUACAUUGAAUUUCCAAGCUUCUGAAUAGGGACCAAGACUGAAAACCAAAGUGUGUUUUGCUUUGUGCUUUGUAGAAAUACAAGGUCAUGGCAGACCUGACCGAAAGUAUGAGCUUACUGCCAAUUAACGGUAAUAUCAACUGACAGAGUGAUUGAAUCACAUCUUUAAAAUUUAUAGCAUUGUACAGAAACUUUCUAUCAACAAACUGUACCAGACCUUGGAUUUGAAAAUCGAUUAAAAUUUAAAUGUCUUAGCCCUUUGCAAAUCUGCUUGAAGUCAAGACUUGGAGUUUUAUUUCAAAUAUAGCGUAUAGCUUACUUCUUUGUUUAUUGCUCGGAUAUGUUUAUUUCCUUUCAUUUUGAUUGCCUUUGUGAGUUUUCACGUUACACAUUCCGGCUCCAACGAAAUAUUGUUUUAGUACAUACAUAGCACCGUGCAUUUAUAUUGCAUCCUCCUCAAUAUGCAAUAUUUGCCACAGAAGUUAAGGAUUCAAUGAUUUCAUAUGUCAUAAAAACUUAAUCUUCAUGCAAAUAUUCGUCUUAUUGAUAAAAGAGAAUAAAAUAUAAUUGAUAAUGACGAUGAUUAUUAUGAUGACGAAUUGGUGUUUAACAUCCAGUGGCAAAUACUACAUGCAUAUCAGGACGAUGAAUAUAAAUCCUGCUCUAUUUCUAGCUGACUUAUUUAUAUGUGAUUUCCAACUUAAAUAUUCAUUCAAUUUAAUCAAAAAAGAUGACAAGAGCAAUUGUAUGAAUAAUUUACAUAAUGUUAGUACAAUUCAAACUGAUAUUGUGAUUGUUUUGAUGUCACGUUAUGUCAGUUACUUUCCUUAUUACUCUAGAAACAUAUUGAAAUACAACGAAUUAUUAUAAAGUGUGUAAUUCAAACUAAUAUUGUGAUUCACUAGUUUAGAGUGUGUAAUUCAAACUAAUAUUGUGAUUCACUAGUUUAGAGUAUGUAAUUCAAACUAAUAUUGUGUUAUUCAAACUAGUAUUGUGAUCGACUAGUUUAGAGUGUGUAAUUCAAACUAUUAUUGUGAUCGACUAGUUUAGAGUGUGUAAUUCAAACUAUUAUUGUGAUCGACUAGUUUAGAGUGUGUAAUUCAAACUAAUAUUGUGAUUCACUAGUUUAGAGUAUGUAAUUCAAACUAAUAUUGUGUUAUUCAAACUAGUAUUGUGAUCGACUAGUUUAGAGUGUGUAAUUCAAACUAUUAUUGUGAUCGACUAGUUUAGAGUGUGUAAUUCAAAGUAUUAUUGUGAUCGACUAGUUUAGAGUGUGUAAUUCAAACUUUUAUUGUGAUCGACUAGUUUAGAGUGUGUAAUUCAAACUAUUAUUGUGAUUGACUAGUUUAGAGUGUGUAUUUCAAACUAUUAUUGUGAUUGACUAGUUUAGAGUGUGUAAUUCAAACUAUUAUUGUGAUCGACUAUGUAAUUCAAACUACUAUUGUGAUCGACUAGUUUAGAGUGUGUAAUUCAAACUAUUAUUGUGAUUGACUAGUUUAGAGUGUGUAAUUCAAACUAUUAUUGUGAUAGACUAGUUUAGAGUGUGUAAUUCAAACUAUUAUUGUGAUUGAAUAAUUUAGAGUGCGCAAUUCAACCUAUUAUUCUGAUUAACUAAUUUAGAGUGUUUAAUUCAAACUAAUAUAAAAUUUGUGAUUAACUAGUUAAUAGACUGUAUUUCAAACUGAUAUUGUGAUUGAAUAAUUUAGAGUUUGUAUUUCAAACUAUUAUUGUGAUUGAAUAAUAUAUAGUGUGUAAUUCAAACUAUUAUUGUGAUUAACUAAUUUAGAAUGUUUAAAUCCGUGUGCGCCAAUUUGCGUCUUUUUGCUACACAACUCAUUUGCGUCACUAGUUUUUAAAAUACAUAGUACCAUUUGCGCCAACAAAAAUACAGUUUUUAUCUUUAUUUGAUACGAUUUGAACUCCAUGUAAAAUCCUUAAAACUCUUAUUGACUUUUUGCCUGAGCUGUGAAUAGUUUCCUUCUUUUUCUAAAAAUGGGUUGUUCGAUACAUUUCAAAUAAUUUCUUUCCAAGUCAUCCUUUUCAAUUUGUAAUAACUCCAAACAUAUGAUCUGACUUAUACAUUUUUUUAUGUAUACUCACCUUUUUUUUAUUUUUCUAAACAACAAUGGUCCCAUUUAUUUCAUGAAUGAUACUUUUAAGGUACUUUAAUUUAUCUAUGAAUUAUAUUUAUGAUAGUAAUGUGUAUAGGUAAAAUGGCGCAUAUGAAUUCCGUGUAUUGGCGCAAUUGAUACCUUAAAAAACUAAUAUUUGGCGUAAAUGAUACAUCACAAAAAAAAAAACAAACAAAAAAAUAAUUAACGCAAAAGGGCAGCUGUCAAUUCAAACUUAUAUAUAUAUUAUGAUUAAAUAAUUUAGAUUUUGUAAUUUAAACUAAUAUUGUGAUUAAAUAAUUCAAAAUAACAAUUGUCUAAAUUUAUUUUAAUUGUUUACAUAAUUAUCUAACGAAAAUGUCGAUAGAAUCUUGAAUAAAAUUAUCAUCAAGAAGGCUACAGGAGCUGAUGGUAUUCCAGCAAAAAUAGUAAAAAAUUGUAAAUCUUAUAUUGCACCACAGCUGACAACUCUUGUAAAUUUGUCAAUUAAAAAUAACUGUUUCCCUGAUAAACUAAAAAAAGCCCACGUGACCCCCCUUCAUAAAAAGAGUGACCCAUUAUUAAAAACAAACUAUAGACCAGUUAGUGUCUUACCCAUGUUUUCUAAAAUCUUUGAAAAAUAUAUGAAAUUCAACUAACUGUAUACUUAGCUAAAAAAUUUAAUCCUUUUUUGUGUGCAUUUAGACGUGGACAUGGAUGUCAGACCACACUUCUCAGAGUGUUAGAAGAUUGGUGUGAAGCUCUUGAUAAAAACCAGUGCAUUGCAGAGGUAUUAAUGGAUCUUUCUAAGGCUUUUGACUGCCUACCGCACAAUAUCUUGCUAGAUAAAUUAUCAGCAUAUGGUGUAUCCCCCCAUUCAGUUGCUCUUUUAAAGUCCUAUUUAUCUGAUCGUAAACAACAAAUAAAAGUCAACAAUGUUCUGAGUGGUUGGGCUGACAUCCAUAGAGGCGUACCACAGGGUUCUAUACUAGGGCCAUUGUUGUUUAACGUAUUUAUAAAUGAUAUUUUUCUUUUUGUUAAAAAUGGUAGUUUAUAUAACUAUCCAGAUGACAAUACUUUGUCUUUCUGUACUCCAGAUUUUUAUUUAUUAAUUUCAACUUUGGAAUCUGAGUAAAAAAUACUUAUUGAGUGGUUGCGGUGAAUAAAAUGCAAGCAAAUCCCGACAAGUUUCAAGUUUUGGCUGUUGGCAAAAAGACCUUUGAAAAAAAACCAUCUAGACAUAUUCAAAAUCCGAAGCUUACAUGUGAAAAAACAGUAAAAUUAUUAGGCAUUGAAAUUGACUAUCAGCUAAAUUUUUAUGUUCAUAUCAGCUUAAUCUGCAGGAGAGCCUCACAGCAAUUAAAUGUUUUAAAACGUUUGGGCUCUGUUUUGGAUAGACUUAGUAAACUUACUAUUUUUCAUAGUUUUAUUCUGAGUAAUUUUAAUUUUUGCCCUUUGGCAUGGCAUUUUUGCACUGAGAGAAAUUCCAAAAAACUAGAAAAGGUGUAGGAAAGAGCACUCCGUUUUGUAAACGAGGAUUUAAGCAGCUCCUACGAGGACCUCUUACAUAAAGCUAAGGUGCCCUCCUUGCAUAUCAGACGGAUGAGAACAAUGGCUCUAGAAACUUUCAAGAUUAUGAACAAUAUAGCUCAUGUGUGCUUACAAAAUUUGGUGAGUGUAAAAAAAAUCUUAGUAUUCUUUCAGGUAUGUAAAUAUUCUGGAUGUUCCACAGGUAAAAUCAACCCGUUACGGUAAAAAAUCUUUCAAAUUUGCUGCCGCAACUUUAUGGAACAGCCUUCCAAACCAUUUCAGGACUGAAAAUAGUUUUUCACAUUUUAAAAGUCUUUUUCAGUCCUGGAACGGUUUGGAAUGUCGCUGUUCUGCUUGCAGAUAAUUCUUGAGCUUUUUAUUAUUUAUGUUGCUUUGGACUAGUGUUCAUGUAUUUCUUCACGAAUUUUUAUAUAUUAAAAUUUUAAUUUCUGACACAGAUUUCCAGAAAUUGGGUAAUCAAUUCAUGUUGAAAAUAUUCUGUUCUUUGAAAUUUCUAGAUCUCAAAGCAUAUAUUAUAGUUCUAAACUUUUUUAUUUGAUUUUUAUAAAAGUAAUCUAUUUAUUUAAAUAUUUACCAUUUUUUUAAUCUAAAUUUUAAACUUUUAUAUAGGUAAACAAUGUUUUACUUCAUUCUAAACCUGUUGCUUAAUUUUUAUUGCAUGCUAUGUGUGUGAGAUUCAAUUUUGUAUUGCAGGUUGUUUAUAUCUUAGACUGCUUUAUGUUAUGUAUAUGUUUAUAUUCGGUCAAAAACUCCUUAGAGCUUGUGUUGUAUAUUUAACUCAUGCCGAAUCAAAAUAAAUUUUUCUUAUCUUA